AUUAUUUAUAAGCCCUACCCAGUUCCACCCCUUGGAAACUAUGCUUGGAGGCUUGUCAUAUAAAUUGUUGACCCAAUAGUUCAUAUAGUUAUUUUAAGCUGCAGGAUAGCUAAAAAUAUACAUCAAAGUUUGUUUAGUUUUCUUUUAGUCUGAAAUGGGGCCUGGGUUGACUAUGCCUAAAAUUAUAAUUUCCUUGACAUUUGCCCUUCCAUUGUUGGCUAUUGUCGGAUUUUUCUCUGUUCAGGGAUGCAAUGAAGCUGUUUGUGCUAGUAUUGUCAGUAAAUGUAUGCUAACACAAUCAUGCAAGUGUGAAUUGCGGAACUGUACCUGCUGCAAAGAAUGUUUUUCGUGUCUUGAUUACCUAUAUGCAGAAUGCUGCUCCUGUGUUGAAAUGUGUCCUAAGCCAAACAAUACAGUCAGUGAAUUAAGUAGAAAAUCUCACGUGGAAGAUUUGACAGAGCCCACACCAGACUUGUUUUCAGCUUUAACAGACGACCGAGAUACUCUACAACGCUGGUUAACUUUCACUUUUCCUGUUGAUCUGGAUAUCACAAUAUUUAAGCCAAAGGAAAUAAAAUACAAAACAAUCAACUCAGAACAGGAAGUGAUCCCAUUAAAAGACUUGAUCACUGUGAACUGUACUGUAGCAUACAUGAGCCAGUGCAUGUCAUGGAACAAAUGCAAAGCUUCGUGUAUCUCAAUGGGAGCAUCUAGUUACAGAUGGUUCCAUGAUGGUUGUUGUGAAUGUGUUGGUCACACCUGUAUCAACUAUGGUAUUAAUGAAAGUCGAUGUCUCGAGUGUCCUGGCGAAGAAGAUGAUAACCCAAUCGAACCUGAAGCAUUUGCUAGUGAAGAUUAUGAAAAUGGAGAAACAGGUUCUGAAAAAGAUGCUAAACAGGUUACGAAUACAGAAGAAAAAGUGAACGAGAAACAAGGCGAGGUAACUGCACCAGUCGCCUAACGAUAUUCUUUGCAUGCGAUUUCAGUUAUUCUGUACAUGUUAUUAUAUCUUCUGCAAACAACUAUUUUCAUACUUUAACCUUUUGAGUCCGUCCUCUUUCGUCCGGAAACCUUAAUACAUUUUUUACACGCUG